AUGUGUGUAGUUAAUAAUUUAAUAUGCUUUCAACAUUGUUGUACUACUUAUAUAUUUUGCAAAACAGUACCAGAAAAAUGUCCAAUUUGUGAUAAUUUUUUAACAACAUUGUUGUUGGAGCCAUUUGUGAUUCCGUAUCCUUUGGUAAAUGCAAAAGAUUAUCCUUGUAGUAUUGUUGUAAGACCGUCUGUGGGAAGUUUUCUAGACGAUUAUAAUGUCAAUAAUGAUUUACAUAUUGGAAUUACAAACUCGUCUGGGAUGGUAAUUGAGUACGAUGAAUGUGGUUUAGUGAGAGACGAUGGCGAUAAAUGGAAAUGUUGUGCAUCGAUUAGAUUAAUUCCAGAAUCUUGGGUAACGUUUUGGGAUGAAAAUUUAAAUAAAAUGUGCAACGACGUGAUAUGGAACGCCAAUAAUUAUGAUAAUGCAGAAUUUAAUUGUUUCAAUUUUGUGAUUUCGUUUUUAAAAGAAUUAAAGUACAGCGAUAUUCAAUUUAUGAACAAAGUAGAUAUGUGCAAAGAAUUUAUUUUGCCCAGAAUUCAAAAUAUUUUAAAAUACGUUUCGCUUUGCAAUUAUUUGAAAGACAAAGAAGUUUACGUCCAAGAUUAA